CUGUAUGAUUCUGGUGCAAGGAGCACUGAACUAGGAAGAAUGGGAAGGCGGCAGCAACAAGUUACCAUUUGUAACAAUAUCUCCUAAGAUCAUUCCAGCUGGCUCAGGAGGACCCUCCUCCUCAGGGUGCAGUGCUGCUCAGAAGAUUGUGGUUCUCUUCACAAACCUGAGAAACCUGCAGAUCUGCCUGGCCUGUCUCCUUCUAGACAGGCUGUCACAUGACCUGUGUCGGUCACUGAUAUGUGAGCAACAGUGACAGACAUCAAUUCCAGGCAGUGCCGCUGAAAGCAGAAGUGCCUUCCAGCUCUGCCUACCUGUGGGAGCUUCCUGGAGCUGCCGGAGAGUUUACCAGAACUGGGUGCUCUCAGAAGUGUAUUCUUUCAUGAUCCUAGGGGCUACAAGUCCAGCAACAGGGCCACAUUCCUCACCAAGACACUGGGGACAAGUCCGUCCUUGCCUCUUCCAGGAUCUGAUAGUAGCUGGCAAUGCCGGUGCUCCUGGCUUUGUAGAUGUGUCCCUCUGAUGUCUGCCUCCAAUUUCAGGUGGCCUUCCCUUCUGUGGGUCUCCCCUGCAACUCCACCCAAACCUCCUUUUCCUCUAAUGAUGACACCCGAGUCACUGGACCACACACUGAAACCCAGUCCCACCCUCACCUUCACCUUUGAUCACAUCUACCUCCUUCCACAUCAGGUUACAUUCACAGGUGACAAGGGCUACGAGUUGAAAAUAGUUUCGUGGGGGACACAGCUUAACCUCCUAUACCACCUACGUUGUCCAUCAUGUUAAAAUGCAGUCUUCACCAACCAGGGCCGCCGAGUGGCUGGCUGAGACGGGUUUGUCUGCCAGCUCAGCUCGUUUCAGUCAUACAUCCUCUGAACAGAGUGGCGGGCAGUUCACCUGCACCAGGUCCACGACAUUUAGUGGAUUUGUGUGAAUUAAAUAUCUACACUGUGCAUUGUCUGCUUGCAACCUGUCUCCAGACUUCCCUCUACAGAAUAAUAUAUUCCUAUGGACCACCAGUUAUUUCCUGAGGGCUGGCUGUAUGUGUAUCUCUAAGCUGUGUGCAAGAGGCUUUCGCAGGAAAUUAGACACGAGUCCUAAUCAGGAGUGCGCAUCUAAUUGGGUGAGCAAACUGGAAAAGACCUAUAUCAGUGUUGGUUAAAAUUUCCAGCAGAGACCUAGGUAGUAAAAUUCACUAAGAGGUAACCCUAACAGGGCUCCCCGUCUAGUCCAGGUACUGUGCUUAGUAUUUUACAGGUGUUAUUCCCUUAAACCCCCAAUGAAGGUUGUUCCCUUAAACCCCCAUGACUAUAACCCAUGAGACUAGUAUUUUUGUCCUUUUACAGGGGAGAAAACAGAGGCUGAAAGAGGUCAAGGGGCUUGCCCAGUGGUCACAAAGGUUUCCUGUCCAGGUCCACCUGACUCAUGAGCACAUAACCCGGCUGGAUCAUGCCUUCAGUUCAGCAAAGCCUCGGCCGCCGUGGGGAUGCAGGUCUAUACUCCCAAACACACAGGCCUGCGACAAGGACCCCCAGUGUGGUGGAGGCAUGUGCUGCGCUGUGAGCAUCUGGGUUAAGAGCAUCCGGAUCUGCACACCGAUGGGCAAAGUGGGAGACAGCUGCCACCCGCUGACGCGGAAGAACCAUUUUGGAAAUGGGAGGCAGGAAAGAAGAGAGAGGAAGAGAAGAAGAAGGAAAAAGGAGGUUCCAUUUUUCGGACGGAGAAUGCACCACACCUGCCCUUGCCUGCCGGGCUUGGCCUGUGUGCGGACUUCAUUUAACCGCUUUACUUGUUUAGCCCACAAGUGAUGGCUGCAGAGAAGGAACUUUCCACGUGCACAGGGUCCAGAGGCCUGCGGAGCCCGACCUGGGAUCCUGCCCGACCAGCAGCGCCGGAGAGGAGCACGCCCGGCUUCCAAGUAACAUUUCAUCUUUGAUUUUUCAGUGACUUUUUUUUUUCCCCUGUUGAAAGGGAAUUUUAAUUUUGGAUAGAAAUGUGAAGAGCAGAGCAUUUCGGCACCGAUUCUCAUUUCCCUGUUGGGUUUUGGUUUGGUUUGACUUUGUUAGUGCCAAUAACUCACCCACUUGUACAAAAAUGGGAAUAAGAAUUGGUAUUUUGUUACAGGAACAUUUUCUUUUUUAUCCACCCCCCUGCUCCAUUCUUGCCUCUGUGUCUGUGUGUGUGCGUGUGUGUGCACGCACGCACACACACACAGUGUACACACACACACACACACACACACACACUUUGGUCUUUGUCUCUUAAAAGAUAUCUAAGGCCUUGUUUCUUCUCCAUUUCCCUCUCUGCCCUAUUGGCGUUUUUAAGAGGGAGUUCUGUGUCCUGUGUCCUGUUGGUGGACUCCCUGGUGAGAGCCUAGCUGUCCACCGGAUCCUUCAGUGAGAACAAGAGGGGACCCCAGAGCCAGGCACUCCACACUCUUCCUUGGCAGGGGGGACUGGGAGGGCCUCUGGAAGCCUCCUGACCCGGCCAUCCUGGUGGGCCUCAGUUCUGCUAUGAACUGGGGCGGCCAGAAUCAGUGGGAAACCACGUGGAUCCAGUCCAGAUUCCUAGAUUUGGGGUUUUUCUUGAGUUAAAGAAGUCAUUUCCAAUACAAUAGCACAUGUAUUCUUCCUUUUUUUUUUUUAUGAAGUUUACAUUUUAAAAAGUCCCCUCAUUAGAGAUGUUCUAAAAAAUAUGUCACUGGGGAAGAAGUACUCAUUGUAAUCCAGUGUAAAGCUCUCUAGCUACCAUUUUUAAAUCAAUAUUGUUACAAUUUAAACUUUGUUGCCAUCAGAAGUUCUUUUGCAAUGGAUUGCCUGAUAUCCUGUCCUGUGUAACGUGUGUCAAUAUUGCUGUGUGAAAAUUCUGUAUCAGAAUAAUGGCAGUACUGUACGGCACUUGAUUUACUUUAAGACUCUAUUUUCACUUUU